GGCCGGGGAGUUCUGGCAGCGCAGGAGCCGGGCAGCAGAGCCAGGCUGGGCUGGCACUCACCCACGACCCCCCUUCCCUGCUAUGAUGGCCCAUCAGUAGCAGGUUCCAGACCCCCCGGGGGCAUGUGGGCAGAGCCAGCGGCAGCCAGGUGCGCAGAGCCACAAGAGCUCUAGGGCACUCUGGGGGCAGCUCUGCCUGCUGGGCUCUCUGGUGCCUAGGGAAAUGCCCAACUGACGGGCGAGCUAGUGAGGACAAGAACGUUCCCUGUGGCCCGAGUCCUCUGCAUCCAUGGCGCUGCCGGCCAGGCUGGUGCCCCUGUGCUGCUUGGCGCUUCUGGCGCUGCCUGCCCAGAGCUGCGGGCCGGGCCGGGGACCGGUUGGCCGGCGCCGCUACGUGCGCAAGCAGCUCGUGCCGUUGCUCUACAAGCAAUUUGUGCCCAGCAUGCCCGAGCGGACCCUAGGCGCCAGUGGGCCGGCAGAGGGGAGAGUGGCAAGGGGCUCCGAGCGCUUCCGGGACCUGGUGCCCAAUUACAACCCGGACAUCAUCUUCAAGGAUGAGGAGAACAGUGGUGCAGACCGCCUGAUGACCGAGCGCUGUAAGGAGCGGGUGAACGCGCUGGCCAUUGCCGUGAUGAACAUGUGGCCCGGAGUGCGCCUACGGGUGACCGAGGGCUGGGACGAAGAUGGCCACCAUGCUCAGGACUCACUCCACUACGAAGGUCGUGCCUUGGACAUCACCACGUCCGACCGCGACCGCAAUAAGUAUGGGUUGCUGGCGCGGCUGGCAGUGGAAGCCGGCUUCGACUGGGUCUACUACGAGUCCCGCAACCACGUCCACGUGUCGGUCAAAGCCGAUAACUCACUGGCGGUCAGGGCCGGCGGCUGCUUUCCGGGAAAUGCCACCGUGCGCCUGCGAAGCGGAGAGCGGAAGGGCCUGCGGGAACUGCACCGCGGAGACUGGGUGCUGGCUGCAGACGCGGCAGGCCGGGUGGUGCCCACGCCUGUGCUGCUCUUCCUGGACCGGGACUUGCAGCGCCGGGCCUCUUUCGUGGCUGUGGAGACCGAGCGGCCCCCGCGCAAGCUGUUGCUCACGCCCUGGCACCUGGUGUUCGCCGCUCGGGGGCCAGCGCCCGCACCGGGCGACUUUGCGCCGGUGUUCGCGCGCCGGCUGCGGGCGGGGGACUCGGUGCUGGCGCCCGGCGGGGACGCGCUUCGGCCGGCACGCAUAGCCCGCGUGGCGCGCGAGGAAGCAGUUGGCGUGUUCGCGCCGCUCACAGCACACGGGACGCUGCUGGUCAACGACGUCCUGGCCUCGUGCUACGCGGUUCUGGAGAGUCAUCAGUGGGCGCACCGCGCUUUCGCUCCUUUGCGCCUGCUACACGCGCUGGGGGCGCUGCUUCCCGGCGGGGCCGUCCAGCCGACUGGCAUGCACUGGUACUCUCGGUUCCUCUAUCGCUUGGCGGAGGAGCUGCUGGGCUGAGCGCGGCGGACCCAGAAACCCAGAGGCGCCUGCUGAAACCGGGGCGUUCGGGCUGAGAUCUGGGGAUGUGGGCAGCAGAGGAGGCUGACUGCGGGGGGAGGAAGGGAUAGGGGAAAAAAUGGAGGCGAGACUGGACUGCUUGGUUUAGGGGCAACCUCCAGCUGAGAGGAGAUCCCUGGUCCUAGGUAGACGGGGUUGAUGGUGGGUACUCCCUGACGAGGACUAUUUCACCUCUUCCCGAGUGCCUCGGCCCCACCCGAUUAUUUUAUUUUAUUUUCUAUUUAUAAAUUGUAAUAUAAUGA